AACACAGACUUACCCCUCACUGAUGGGAGAAUAUUCCAGUAUGGAUAUUGCUAACUAGAAUAGAGCCCACUUGGAUGCAGCAACUGCGUUGAUAUCUUCAUAUUAUCCACUCUCCUGGUAGAGCAAGAAAGCCAACAGAGGGACAGUAGAUAUAUCUACGGUAUCUUGGGGCGGGGCUCAUUGGGAUCAGGGGACACAAAGGGAUCAGCUUGUGUGACAGGGUCCUGUGAAGGUCCAACAGAGCUUCCCGUACUGGUUGGGAUAUGGACACAGCCCCUUGGAGGCAGUCUACAUGUACCAAUGCCUGCGAGAAUCACGAAUAACUUCUGCUAAAGCAACGGUUGCUGAUUACGGUACCGUUACGCAUCGAGCCAAACCUUGAUAAAGAGGAAUUAAAAAUCCAUGAAUACAGAAAAGAAAGAAAUGCAGAAAUUGAUGUUCAUGCAGGCUUCAGAUGCCUAUGUUGCUUUUAUCUAGAAGGGUAUCCAGAUGUCUCUCAUCUCUCUGGCUAGCAAGCUUCCGGUAGCUAGAUAGCCCAUGGCCAGCUAGCCAAUAUCUACCCCUAUCGGUACCUCUGGUGUAUGAGUGCUUUAGAAAAGCAAAGAUGUGAAAUAGGAUAUUCUGUACGGUUGCACCCCUCAAAGCCUGCCGAAUGGUCUUCCCAAACAAUUUGAGAGGUUGCUGAAACAAGGUGUCAGCAUUCGUUGGCCUUGAUAAAUUGCUCCGAAGUACCUAGCUAGCUAGCCUAGCUAGCUCCUGGCUCUAGUAGUACCAUGGUAUUUGAUAGUAGUGCUCACAGCUGCCAGAAGCAGAGCUCCUGCUGCCGCCUGCCCCUGUGGAAGGCGCUUCCCGGCGUUUUGCGUUCGGUCUCAUUUUUUGGGUUCCUCGCCUUGACAUCAUCCGUGAUUUUUUGAAAAGCUCACGAUGCCUCCAAACAUCAGUGCCAACAACAACACAACCGAAGAUAAUAAUAUCACCAUGGCUACUACGGAAGAAAGAAUCCCUCUAAAGUCUGGCAAUGGGUAUGGAUCUCUUUCCAGAAAAGAUGAUGACACGAAUAAAUCUCCCAACCCGGGAUCUGCCAACAACUCUCGCAAAUCUGCCUAUUCCCGUCGACGCAGUGAAUCCGGGGACAACUACGCCUCCAAAGCUUCCCAUGUCCUAAUGAAGACGCAAACAUCCAUGCUGGAAGAUGCUCGCACAUUUGCCGAAGGUAGCAUCCCCCACAGUAUGGCUCUGGGCACAGUGAUUGGAAUUGUUUGUGGUGUUGCAUCCUUUGUCUACUAUGCCAUUCUCUUUUGGAUCCUGGAAUUUGUCUGGAAUGAUUUGCCUCAGAUGAUUGUUGUGGACAAAUGGCCCGAAUGGGCAUAUCCACUCUGGAUCCCCCUUGUCGGAUUCACCAUGGCUAUCGGUGUUGGAGUGACUGUGAUAUACAUGGGUGAACCAGGCGAUUUGCCAUACACCAUUAAAUGUGUUCAUGAUGAUGCCUAUGUCGCCAUGAGUCAUGUAAUGCCAAUGGUCUGCGCCUCUCAGUUUUCCAUUAUUGGUGGAGGCUCCCUGGGUCCAGAAGCACCAUUGGUUGCCAUCUGCGCUGCUUUGGGUGGUUUCAUCUCCCGAAAAGUAUUCAAAGUCAGCGAAAGAAACUUGGUUCGAAAGCACACUUUGAUGGGAAUGGCUGGAGCUCUUGCUGCAUUUUUCGGAUGUCCUUUGGGCGGUUCCCUCUUUGCAUUGGAAGUCAACUCGAGGUUUGGAGUGGAAUAUUUUGAGCACACGGCGGAAGCUCUGUUUUCCGGUUGCAUUUGCUUGGCGGUGUUUCGGCAACUCGCAAAUCUCCCCAUUGAAUCCAUUUGGGAAAUUUCCUUGCCGAAAAUGGAAAACACGUCGGCAUUGGAUGUCUGUUAUGGAAUCUUUCUUGGAUUGAUUGGCGCCUUAGUGGCCGUCGUUUUUGCCAACUUGCACUGGAAAGUCAUGGAACUCUUUCAAAAGCUGGAUUUGCUGCGGAACGAACGAGCCAUCUGGAGAGGUCUCUUUGGAUCUAUUGUUGUGGUUGGCCUAGGUCUGUUGGUCCCACACACAAUGUUCUGGGGAGAGUUUGAAUUCCAAACUAUUUCUACAAUGAGCGCUGCGUCAACUCUGGAUCACAUUUGGCCUACGUACGGUCUGACGCGCUUUGAAAUGGACUCUUGGUGGACCGCUUUGAUUGUCGGUUUGGCAAAGAUGGUGGCAAUCUCCUUCACAGUUGCCGGUGGAUACCGUGGUGGUUUCAUUUUCCCUCUCAUGGCAACGGGUGCUGCCUUUGGACGGGUUAUUUAUUACUUCUUUCCGUUUAUCCCCGUUCAGCUCUGUUGCCUCUGCAUGGCGGGAGCCAUCAACGUUGGUAUCACCAGAACCGCUAUUGCGACAACUUUGAUUCUGUCCUACCUUGCCGGCGAACAAAACAGCAUUGCUCCAAUUUUGGCAGCCUCGUUGGUGUCCUUAUUUGCGACAGGUUACAUGCCAUUCAUCAAGAGUCAAGUUCUCCGCAGUGACAUCGACGUGCUCUACGAUGAAGCGUCGGAUGACGAAGAAUGGGACAGCAACCAUCCACUCCAUCCUGAGGGGCCAUUCUUCAGUAUGCCCAAGCCUGAAAAUGCGCACCACCACAAGGUCCCCAGUCAAAUCACUACUGAACAACAAAACGUUGUGUAAGUCCAGGCAAAAGCUGCUGCUGCAACUCCUACUUUGUGGGGACGAACAUCCACCGAACCAAGACGAUGACGGAAGUUUUAUUUGAGAGUCAUUUGAUUGUGCUUGCAACAAUACAUCCACGAUUGUGUUUACUUAGUUUACUUGUAAGUGUAAAUAAUAUAAGUCUAAUGCCUAAUGUGAAAUGAGAGA